GGGCGGGAGCGGCACCGGGAGCGGCACCGGGAGCGCAGCGCGGCUCGGGCUCGGCGGGGCGGAGCGGCGGGGAGCAUGGAGAUGGAGAAGCGCUUGACGCUGGAGCUGCGCAACAAGAAGCCGAGCGAGGUGAAGGAGCUGGUGCUGGACAACUGCCGCUCAGAGGAUGGCAAGGUGGUCGGCCUCUCCUCAGACUUUGAGAACCUGGAGUUCCUCAGCAUGAUCAACAUCAACCUGCUGUCCGUGUCCAACCUCCCCAAACUCAACAAGCUCCGGAAGCUGGAGCUGAGUGAUAAUAGGAUUUCUGGUGGCCUUGAAGUUCUAGCAGAGAAAACUCCCAACCUGACACACUUGAACCUAAGUGGCAACAAGAUCAAAGACAUCAAUACCCUGGAGCCCUUGAAAAAGUUGCCAAACCUCCGCAGUCUGGACCUGUUCAACUGCGAGGUGACGAUGCUCAUCAACUACCGGGAGAGCGUGUUCGCCCUCCUGCCCCAGCUCACCUACCUGGAUGGCUUCGAUGCUGACGAGCAGGAAGCCCCAGACUCAGACCCUGAAGCAGAUGGGGAUGCACUGGAAGAUGAGUAUGAGAAUGGGGAAGAAGGUGAGGAAGAGGAGGAUGAUGAGGAGGAAGAUGAUUUGGAUGAAGAAGUCAUUGAUGACGAGGAAGAUGAAGACGACGAUCUGGAAGGUGAAGAGGAGGAGGAUGGAGUAGAUGACGAGGAGGAAGAUGAGGAGGAGGAUGGUGAGGAGGAUGAAGAAGAUGAAGCUGAGGAGGAGCAUCCGUGCGGGGUGAAGAGAAAACGAAGUCUAGAGGAUGAAGGAGAGGAAGAUGCAGAGGAUGAAGAGGAUGAUGAGGAUGACUGAUCCCAGCGAGCCAAUCAGUUUUACAGACUCUGACUGUGCUUGUCUUAACCUCCCUGUCGUGUCUGUGUGAGACUGUAAAUCCCUGUCUCCCACUCCUCCUCCUCCCCCUUUGUAUGGCUGCAGCAUCUACAAUAUAUUUUUUUAAGAUUUAGAAUACUGUAGGCAUUCAGGGGAA